GCCACCACGGUGACUACGCCGGUCGCCGGAGCCACCACAUAAUGACGGUGACUGUAACAGAAGCUUACACAGACCAAUGCGGUGAAGAUGGAGGUUUUCAGUAAUGCGAAACUGCCAUGUAUCCCCCCAAAUUUAGGUGAAGACUCAUGCUCCAUAAAACCUGAUUCAGAGACAACAUGGGUGAUGAUAAAAAUGAAGGGAAAGAUGGAAAAAAAGACGAUGCCUCUGAAUCUGGAGAGGUUCUCAGUAGAGAGGCAAGUGAAAGCUCCAUUUAUGCGACUGAGGAUGAUGAAGAUGCCCAAAUAGAGUUGGGUCCCAAGAUAAGCAUUAAAGAGCAUCUUGAGAAGGAUAAGGAUGACGAGAGCUUGAGGAGGUGGAAGGAGCAGCUGCUUGGAAGUGUUGAUGUCAAUGCGGUUGCAGAAAUUGAAGAACCUGAUGUGAAGAUAAUCAGCCUUGCCAUAGUCACUGCUGAUAGACCCGAUAUCGUACUUGAGAUCCCCGAGUCGGGGAACCCAAAGGGACGUUGGUUUACCCUAAAAGAAGGUAGUAGAUACAAUCUGAGAUUCUCCUUCAAGGUCAGCAAUAACAUAGUUUGUGGGCUCAAGUAUACCAAUACUGUCUGGAAAACUGGUAUCAAGGUUGACAGCUCGAAGCAGAUGCUUGGAACUUUUAGCCCUCAAGCUGAGCCUUACAUACAUGUGAUGACGGAAGAAACUACUCCUUCGGGUAUGUUUGCUAGAGGAUCAUACUCGGCAAACACUAAGUUCCUUGACGAUGACAACAAGUGCUAUUUGGAUCUGAACUACACUUUCGACAUCCAGAAAGAGUGGCCCAAAUAGAUCAUCACGGUUCUUUCUUGGGGUCAAAUUCGCAAGGAAAGUUUCCGGCACAAGUUUUUUCAUCACCUUGUGGCGGUCUUCGUAUACGAG